AUGCCAGAAAACAGCCAGUUGUUUUCAGAAAAUGAGCGACUGAAUCAAGAAAAUGAAAUAUUAGAAAGGGACAAGGAAGCUGCUCUCUCAAGGUUAAGUAAAAUAACAGGAGAGAAACUAUCAAAAGGUAACCCAUUCAUAACAGAUCUUGGGGACCCAAACAGGCCUACGAAACUUGGAGAAAGAUGGAGUUCGCUUUAUACCGAUGAAUGGACAGACGCUUUUGAAGAAAUAAAUGCAAAAUGUAAGACAAAUACGACUGUUGUCCCAGAAAAGAUCUUAUUGAAAAUAGUGGAUAAUCAAAAUAUCUAUGCAAAAUGCAACAUGACAGUAUCUGAAGUAGACGACUCAAUUAAACUUUUCAUUGAAACCUUCAGAAGUCAAAGUCAGAAUAAUGAACGGUUGAUGGAGAAAGCAGUAAAAAAAUGUGUUGACGAUUAUCUAUCAUCAAACAAGGAAGCUACAGAAAAUGAAAUAUUUUUUGUUAAGAAAUGUUUAGAACUUUGCUGGUGCAUAUGCAUUGCUGAUCCACCGAUGGUUGUCGAAUACAAAAACUUUGAAAGAAAUAAGAUUGACUCUACGAAAUUUAAUAAAUAUAACAGAUCUGGAAUAACCGUGGAAUUUGUAGUAUGGCCUGCUUUGCUGUUAUAUGAAGGUGGACCUGUUUUGGCAAAAGGGACUGUGCAAACGAAUUGUUAAGGAGUAAAACUUUUGAGCCUUGGAUGGUAUCUUAACAUUUAAGAGGGAAUUAUUCAGCACGGAUGAGCGUGAGACAAAAGAAAGACAGAUUUUAAAAUAUAUGGGAAAUAUUUUUGUCUUUUAUAACGAUGAAUUUCAGCAUAGGAAUACGUGAAAUAAAAACUGUCGACACGUUAAACAAUUAAUCCUCAUUUACAAAGUACUGUUUCAGUACUGGAUCAGUUCUAACCUUUCUCAAAUUCAUCUGCUAGCAACUGUCUGGACAACUUUCAAACACUGUCUGAUAUGAUAAGUAAGUGUGGCCUAGAACCGUUUUGAAAAGUUUUAGCCUAGCAUAGUUUUUAUCAGUUCUGUCAUGGAACAAUUUUUUUCAGUUCUAUCUUAAACCAGUUUUGGACCGUCUUACCCUAAACGGUUUUAUCCUAGAAGUUAUCCCGAUAGUCGGCUCUAUCAUUUUUAAUAGUUAUUAGUUUUACAUAUUUAUUCAAUUUGUUUAUUUGUUUAAUUUUACUAUCUAUUGAUUUUAUUUAUAAAGAAUUGAUAUAUUCUUUAAAUCUAUCUUUGUUAUUUCAAACAACAUAUUUUCGGAAAUCGUUGUUAUUUUAAAAUUAUAAAUAUUUAGUAUUGAUCAUGAUAUGACAUUGUUAUUGUUUUAACUGUUUUUGGUUAUUUGGAGAUUUUGAUUCUGAUGUCAAUGACGGAUCUUUGACAUUUUCUGUUUAAUAUAUUAUCAUAGUUGUUUCAAAUUUGGAACGAAUUAAAGCUUGACGUAUUGUA